GGUCACGUGACGGGCAGUAUGUGUCGGACAUGGAUCCCCGGGAGGUGAAGGAUCGGAUCCUGGAGAACAUCAGCCUGUCCGUUAAAAAGUUGCAGAGCUACUUUGCUGCCUGCGAAGAUGAGACUCCAGCCAUUAGAAACCAUGACCGGGUGCUGCAGAGGCUGUGCGAGCAUCUUGACCAUGCGCUGCUGUAUGGGUUGCAGGACAUCUCCUCCGGCUACUGGGUCCUUGUUGUCCAUUUCACUCGCAGGGAAGCCGUGAAGCAAAUUGAGGAGCAGCAGCAUGUGGCUACCCAUCUGGGGCGCAGUCGGGCCUGGCUGUACCUGGCGCUUAAUGAGAACUCUCUGGAGAGCUACCUACGGUUAUUCCAAGAAAACCAAAGUCUGCUCCAGAAAUACUACUACAAGAACGCGCUGGUCUGCAGCCAUGAUCACCUCACGCUCUUCCUCACACUCGUAUCUGGCCUGGAGUUUAUCAGAUUUGAGCUGGAGCUGGAUGUUCCGUACCUGGAUCUGGCCCCGUACAUGCCCGAUUACUACAAACCCCAGAAUCUUCUGGACUUCGAAGACCGUCUUCCUACCUCUGUGCACGGUUCAGACAGCCUCUCUCUCAACUCCUUCACCUCCAAUAAUUCUACCAACCUGGAGUGGGAUGACAGCGCCAUUGCCCCAUCCAGCGAGGAUUAUGAUUUUGGAGAUGCUUACCCUGCAGCGCCGUCCGUACCCAUGACAGACUGGGAAGACGGAGACGGGCACAACGGCAGCAGCUUCUCCAGCCGGGCGGCCGGGGUGCACAAUGGCCACACAGCCCAAGGAAAGAGAAUAAAGCAUCGGUACAAUCCGUUUAUACGAGAUCUGUCAUCUUCUGAUGUCAUCCCAGGGCCGGGAACCGCUGAGGACUCUCCAGACACCAGUGAAGCCAUCACACAGGAUUCAGAGAUUGAUGUUGCUUCCCUGGACGCCACCCUGUCCUAUAAUCAGCCACCGAGGCCCAACGAGCUGACGUCAGACAGCACAGACCUCAGCACACACGAUACGGCCGAUGGUUUGUCCACUUCAGAGUCUACUCCGGUGCACGGCGCAGGCUGCCGGAAAGAGGCUCCCGCCGCUUAUACCACCUACACCGAGAACAACUCGGAGCUGGAGGUCAUCAGGCUGGUGAAGAAAAAGCGUGGUGGGAAGCGCAGGAGAACUCGCGCAGAGGAGGGAUGCCAGCGUCUGCUCCUCAGCACCUCAGAACCUGAGGACCCCGAUGCGGAGCAGGAAAAGACUUUGGAGCCCAGCAACAAAGGUGAGGAGGAGAGACCAAGUGAUCUCUCGGAACCAGCUCUCCGGCUGCCCAAGAUGCAGGACACUUCUAUGGAGCGAGUAGGACAACCACUGAGUGAGGUUAUAGACAAGCUAAAUGGUCAGCUGGACCCUCAUGGCUGGAACACUCAUCCAGAACCUACAGACCAGUCCUUUCGGACCUGCUCUCCGGGGGAGACCCCCGGUGGCUUUCAAAGGCAGGACAUCAGACAAGGAACCCAGGACCCCAUGGACUUCUACUACUUUACCCCAGAGAGUCCAAACGCUGCUGCAACAGGUAGUGGCCACAAUGACUCUCCAGGCCCGGGCCAACCAGCACAUGUUUUUGGUGGCUUUGAGGAUGCUCGACAAGAGGAAGAAGGAAGAAGAGGACCGGCAGAGAUUAAAGGAUCCCUAGAAGCCCUGUCAGAAGGGACAUCACUAGUGCCUCCUGGUGGGAAAAGCAGCCCAUCUCUGAGCAUCGCAGAGGACUCUGGUGUUGAAGAAGGCCAGGGAAGUCCCUCUGAUUCCCCGCACCCCAGCGAGUUCAGGGUAGAUAAUAAUCUGCUUUUGCUGCUAAUGAUUCACGUCUUCCGGGAAAACGAGGAGCAGCUCUUUAAGAUGUUUCGUAUGAGUACGGGGCACAUGGAGGGUGACUUGCAGCUUGUCUACGUGUUACUGACAGAUUGCUACAUCUACUUACUCAGAAAAGGUGCAGCCGAUAAGCCGUACAUGGUGGAAGACGCCGUAUCGUAUAAUGAGCUUGACUACAUCUCUGUUGGUCUGGACCAGCAGGCGGUGACCCUCGUGUGUGCAAACAGGCGGCGUCAGUUCUUGCUGGACGCUGCAGACGUCAGUCUGACAGAAAUAUUCAUUGCUGCUUUAAAGUCUGCCAUGAUUAAUGGAUGCCGGGAGCCUCCUUACCCUGGGAUCCUAACUGAUGCCACCAUGGAGAGACUGGCCUUGGCAAAAUUUGUGUCACAGGAGUCAAAGCAAGAGGCUUCAGAGGUGGUCAUGCUGUACUAUGGGCUGGUGCACUGGGAAGACCCUUUGGAUGAAGCUCUUGCAACUGGUGACUCUACAUGUUUUGAUCAGAAUGUGUCCAAAGAAGGUGUUCUAUACUAUAAAGCCAACACAUCCUACCUGGGCAGGGAGACCUGGAAGACGUGUUUUGUGGUCCUUAGCAAUGGAAUCUUAUACCAGUACCUAGAGAGGACAGAUCGGACUCCUGUGCUGUCUGUAAACUUGGGGAGUGAGCAGUGUGGCGGCUGCCGGCGAACAAACACCACGGAGCGGCCUCACUCUUUCCAAGUAAUCCUCACCGACAAGCCUCCUCUGGAGCUGAGUGCAGCAAACGAGGAAGAAAUGGCAGACUGGAUGUUGCAUCUGUGCCAGGCUGUAUCCAAGGGGGUCAUUCCUCAGGGCAUCGCGCCUUCCCCCUGCCUUCCCUGCUGUUUAGUGCUCACCCAGGACAAGCUCAUUACCUGUCACCAGGACUGCCAGACCAGCUUCUUCCGAGCCCUUGGCAUCACAGACCUUCAUAAUGUUUCUUCCCUGAGCACUGAAGAUCACAAGGAGUACUGCAUUGUGGAGUUCACUCAGGAUCACAGGCAGCUCCUGGCGCCUUGGUUCCUGUACUUUAGCUGCAGGAAGGAGCUGGAGAGGUUUGUGUCUGCGCUGAGAUCGGCCUGGAAAGCCAUGUAUCAGGUGGAUCUGUCUCACAAGACCUUUGACGAAGCCACCCUGAAGAAAUGCGAAGACGCUCUGUCUCUUAUCCACAGCUCCUGGCAGCGAAGCGACAGUCUGUGUAGAGGCCGUGCUUCACGAGACCCCUGGUGCUGAUCUACACGCCAGAGGAAAAGUCUCUGAACCCCCUGCCAGCGAGGCGUGUGCCAGUCCGGAGGCUCAGAGGAAGGCCCGCUCGGAUGCCUCUCUCUGGUGGGGCAGGAGGACUGAAAACCUGCCUUGCUUUCUGUAGAGGUUAAGGGCUAAGCCUUGCAUUGGAAGCUUCCUACAUGCACAGAACUGUGUAUAUCUAUACAUUUAUAUAUAAAUAGAAGCCUAUGGGUGUAUAUGUGUACAUACGCUGAGAAGCUGCUGCUUUUAACCUGUAUGCCUGUGGCGUACGGAUAGGACUUUAAUCAAAACUAUUUACAGUAGAGUCACUUAGGCUGGGUUGUAGACACUGAUGCGGCCGGUGGGAUUAAUUCCACCCCUUGGCAAGAA